AUGGGUUUAAGAAGAACAUCGUUGGUUUUAUACACUCUCUUAUUCUUUCAUCUCCAGCACAACCUUCCUUCUGUUAGUUCAAGGCCUUACUCUGUUGAUACGUACCAGGAGAGUCUUCCUCUCAGAGCCACAAAACCAGAUGUUGUUGGUUUUGAAGGAAAGGCUCAAGAAUUAGCUGUGGUUAUAAAAAAAGGAGGCGGUGGUGGUGGUGGUGGAGGAGGACGUGGUGGUGGAAGCGGACGUGGUGGUCGAGGAGGAAGCGUUGUACCUGUAAUAAUUCCGAUUAAUUCUGGAGGUCACCAUUCAAGCGGCAUCCGGAAUAUUGGAGGGGGAGUUUGCACCGUCUGUUGGUUGAGUUUAUCAGUUUUAGCCGGUUUAUUAUUGGUUUAAGUCUGGAUUUAUGUUUGACAUCCGAUUUGAUUUGGUCUUAGAUUGAUUGGCCAACGGUAAAUAGGUGAAAUAUAGAUUUAUACAGGUAAGCGACUUUACUAGUAUGAAAGCUAAUUUUCUCUAUAUACAUUGUCUUUUGAAUGUUACAAAAAAAAUACAUUGU